AUGUCGGCGUCUUGGUCUUCCAUCCUCAACGAUCUCAAUCGGGACGUAGCGAGGGAUCAACCUAAAGAUAUCAUUCAAUGGGGUGCAGAUUGGUUCCAAACCAAACUUCGACAAGAGAGACAAGGAAAGCAAGCUCCCCUGUCCGCUCCACCAGGUGGUCGGAAAGGUGCCCCCGGUACAUUAGGAUUCAAUGUCCCGGGAGUAAGCGAUCUCCAACCUCAUGCCCUAUCUCCAUUCUCUGAACAGGCUCCUGCCGAUUCGCCCUUCGGUCCUGGUGGGCCUCGACGUGCGACCGUCCCAACUGGAUCCAACCCUAACCAACCUCACCAACACAUAUUCAAACCUUCCUUCGGAUCUCCAAGUGCAGGUGGUGGUCCGGAUUCCAGUCCAUUCAGCGAGAGUGUCAGCUCUUUCCCGCCUUCCAGUGGUGCGCCAACAUUCAACCAAUCUCCAUUCGGCGAUAUGUCCGUCGCCAACACCACUAUCGCCGAGGAAACCAAUAACGAUGAACCUCCCAUUCCAUCCUAUGCGCUUGGUAGACGAACUUCCGUUUCUGCCGAAUCACUCAAACCAACCAAUCAACGAACUUUUGGUGCAUCCGGUGGUGGUCUGUUAGAUACGACUAUGGAAGAGGAAGACGAAGCUACACCAAACCCUAAUUCGGGUAACAACGGUAGUGUGAUCCCAUCUUUCCCCAAGACAGACGAACAAUUAGAAAGAAUCAAACAAGCCAUCAAACCUAAUUUCCUGUUCCGAAACCUCGAUGAAGAGCAAGAAGCCGAUGUACUGGCUGCUAUGAAGGAAGUUACCAUCCCCGCUGGUGAGAUGAUCAUCGAGCAAGGUGCAGCGGGUGAUUACUUCUACAUCGUAGAGAAUGGUCAAUUGGAUAUCUUCGUUAAGAAGGAUGGCCAAGUCAUAGAUCCAGAGAAAGGCGAUAGACCCCUGUUGGGUAAGAAAGUGGCUACCUGUAAAGAAGGUAGUUCUUUCGGUGAACUGGCUUUGAUGCAUAACGCCCCUCGAGCCGCUUCUAUCCUGUCCAUCACUCCUUGUACCCUCUGGGCUCUCGAUCGAGUAUCCUUCCGAACUAUCUUACUUGAUCACACAUCAAGAAAGAGACGACUUUAUGAAUCCUUCUUAUCCGAAGUCCAGAUCUUACAAUCCCUUCAACCUCAAGAGAGGGCCAAGAUUGCCGAUGUGCUUGAAUCGCGAACCUUCAGCCAAGGUGAAGAUGUGAUCAAGCAAGGUGAAGCGGGAGAUGAGUUCUUCCUCAUUGAGAGUGGUAAUGCCAUCGCUAUCAAGAAGGGAGACGAUGGAAGGGAGAGUGUGGUCAAGAGGUAUGGUAAAGGAGAUUACUUCGGAGAACUCGCUCUACUCAACAAACAAACUCGAGCAGCUACCGUCCGAGCUGAAGGUACCGAACCUCUCAGAGUAGCUUUCCUAGGUGAACAAGCGUUCACUCGACUCCUCGGUCCGGUCAAGGAUAUCAUGGCUAGAUCAGCUAAUGAAUCUUAUGGUUUCUCAACUCGAUAA